CUAGAAGUAAUAGAUAAGAGGAGGAGGAGAAGAACGAGUUGAGGAGUCGCUGUGAGGAGACGUCUUCCCACCCGAGUGCGAUUAUCUUGCUGACUGUUGAAGUGUUCCGCAGCAAAAAUGGGAGCUGUUCUGGGGGGCUUGUCGUGCGCCAGUUGUGUGCCGUGUUUGUGCAGCGGUGCAACAUGUCUGCUGUGCAGCUGCUGUCCGAACAGCAGGAACUCCACCGUAACCAGAAUCAUCUAUGCCUCUCUUCUGCUGCUGUGGACCAUAGUGGCCUGCAUCAUGCUGUCACCUGGUGUGGAUGACCAUUUGAAAAAGAUCCCCGGAUUCUGUGUAGAUGAUCCGUCCGCUCCGGGCCCACACGCCGACCUUAGAUGCGACAUGUUUGUUGGCUACAAGGCUGUGUACCGUGUCUGCUUUGGCAUGAGCAUGUGGUUCUUGGGAUUUUGUCUUCUCACCUUCAACAUCAAGAGCAGCAGAGAUCCCCGUGCAGCCAUUUACAAUGGAUUUUGGUUCUUCAAGUUCGCCGCCCUGGUGGCGAUUACAGUCGGGGCCUUUUACAUUCCAGAUGGACCGUUCACCUACACAUGGUUCAUCAUAGGAGCAAUUGGAGCGUUCCUCUUCAUCCUGAUCCAGUUGGUGCUGCUGGUGGACUUUGCUCACUCCUUAAAUGAGACCUGGGUGGACAAAAUGGAGAGUGAGAACUCCAGAGGCUGGUAUGCAGCCCUGCUGGUGGUGACGGUUCUGCUCUACGUCCUGUCCUUCACUGCUGUCGUUCUCUUCUUCGUCUUCUACACCAAGCCUGAUGGAUGCUCCAUCAACAAGUUCUUCAUUGGUUCCAACAUGCUCUUCUCCAUCAUAGCCUCUGUGAUCUCUGUGCUGCCCAAAGUUCAGGAGUCUCAGCCACGGUCCGGUCUCCUCCAGUCUUCCGUCAUCACCCUCUACACCAUGUUUCUGACCUGGUCUGCCAUGACCAAUGAGCCUGACCGAGAGUGUAACCCCAGCCUGCUGAGUAUCUUCCAGCAGAUCACGGUUCCAACCCUGGUUCCGCUGGUGGUAGAGAACCAGACGGCCGUGGUGAUCAUCGGCACGGAAGAGCCCGUCCUCACCUCACCACACCUGCAGUGGUGGGACCCCCAGAGCAUCGUGGGCCUGGUCAUAUUUGUCCUGUGCAUCCUCUACUCCAGCAUCCGCUCGUCCAACACCAGUCAGGUGAACAAACUGACCAUGGCGUCCAAAGACACAGUGAUCCUGGCUGAGAGCGGCGGCAGCAGCAGCGACAUGAUCCCUGAGACUAAAGGAGCCAGACGCGUGGAGGACAACGAGCAGGACAUGGUGCAGUACAGUUACUCCUUCUUCCACUUCAUGUUGUUCCUGGCCUCGCUGUACAUCAUGAUGACACUCACCAACUGGUACAGCCCGGACACUGACUACACUGUCAGCAGCAAGUGGCCUGCGGUGUGGGCGAAGAUCUCCUCCAGCUGGGUGUGUUUGGCUCUUUACAUCUGGACCCUGGUGGCCCCCGUGAUCCUCACCAACCGAGACUUCAGCUAAAUGACCCCGCCAUCCAAACAGACACCCCAGUUUUAGUUCACCAUCUGUAGAAGUGCCAUAAAAGACCUCUCGUGACACUGUAUACGGUUCUCACACAGAUCAGAGACACUGGUGUGUUUGUGAAUAGACACCGAGAAAAAUUUCAAAUUGCAAAUAUUCUUCCAAACAGGAGUUUGUUGACUGAGGUAUUUUUAUGAUUCUCAAAUUUACGAUUGUACUUGAACGCCCCUCGAUGCAUAUUUUUUACAACGGUAUACAAGUUAUUU